UUUGAAAUCUCUACAGAUUUCUUUAUCGAUUAAAGUAUAAUUCUUAUGUCACCCAACAGAUAGCGCAAGUCCGAGUUGAAGCGACAUCUAUAGUCGAAUUCCUUAAGCUAUUGACAUACCAUAACAUAACCUAUACCUAUACUUUUUUCAUAAUUUUUAAAGGAUAAUAUAUUUUCUCAUAAUUUACUACAAAACAGCUUUAGCAUUAGAUUAUGACCGGUGUUGUUUGUGAUACGUUAACAAACUUAACUAUCAAACACAUAAUCCAUAACUUGCAAGAAUUCUCAGAUUCAAACUAUGAUUCGCUCAGAUUUUUGCCCCCAGAGGUAAAAAAUAAACUGUUAAAGGCAUGUACAGUCUCACCAUUCUACCUGAAUAGAGGAAGAGGAAAUCUGAAGCAUAUUUUAUCAGCCUUACUGAAUUCUCAAACUAUUGCUGCUGAUAUAACAUCCAUAAAUGUUGAUGACAAUGUUCUACAAACUCUUGUACUAGCGAAAAAUCUUCAAAAAUUACAUCUAAAACCUGAUGAAAACUGCAUAUCAACAGAAGGAUUCUUAAACUUAUUUCCAUACUUGCACAGGCUAUGUGAUCUUAGUUUAAGAAAUUCAAGUGCAGUUGAGGACAAUGUACUAAGAUGCUUAGCAAACAAUUGUCCAAAUCUCACAUUAUUAGACUUUGGUGGUUGUAGAAAUAUUACAGAUGAUGGCAUUAAGAGUAUAUCUAAGCUUCAAAACAUUACAUGUUUAACAGUUUCUUAUUCACAGAUGAGUGAUAGAGGCAUUUCCUACUUAGUCAAUAGUAGUAAUGGCAAUACCUUAAAAGAAUUACAAAUUCAUAACUGUGCUAAUAUCACAGAAGAUGGGUUAAAAGAGAUUGCUAACUACUGUCCUAAUAUUGAAAUCCUAGUAUUUCAUAACUGUAGUGCAACAUAUCUAAAUAUUUCUCAAACGCUGCAGGAUUUGGAUCUUAAAAAACUGAAACAGAUUAAUUACACAAUUUCAUGGGAUUCAAUCAUACCAGAGAAAGAAGAAUGCGUUCAAAAAAUCCGCAAUAAUUUUUGAACGACCAUACCGCCGGAUUUUUAAAAAUAAAUAAAUCCAAGUUGCAAUAGAUUACAAUUAUAUUUAAACAUAGAAUAUAAACUGACAAAACCGUAUUUCUUCUAUAUUUCGUUUUUAUAGAUUUUUAAUUAGCUUAUUGUGAAUAACAGACAUAACAUAGACAUCUAUAAAUAAUAAAAUUGUAUUCUCCUCCAAGGACCUUGCAUUUUUUACUUUUCUCUGUGUCAUUCUUGUGAGAGCCCAUAAUAAAUUCAGCGCAAAGCACUUUUAAGGCGGAGUUCACACUGUAUUUAAGAUAGUAAAAUUUUGAAUUUCAAACACCCGCGAAAAGUGUGCUUUACAGCUUUAUGAGAAAAGGAGUUAUUCAUAAAAAUAUGUAAAUGGUUCUCCAGCUGAUUAGCUUCUAGUGCUAUACUCGACAGAUUACACGAUUUAGUUUAGUUUCAAAAGGAAAUUGUCAGUUUGAAAUUCAAUUUUUUACUGACUUCGAAUAUCCUGCGUGCCACCCAUAAAUUCGGAAGUAUUGUAACUGUUCUUGCCAGAGUGUAAGUUAAGGUACCGGAAGGGCAGCGUUCCGGUUCAGCAACGACAACUUCAUGAAAUGCCAGCUUAAACUCAAGAAAGGUGACAUAAAUGACAUUAUUUAAUUUUUCAACUAGGAACAGUCGAGGUUCGAGUGUUACAGAAUUCCAACCAUAAUUCUCUUUGCGAUAGAUUAAAAAUUAAUUAUACAAAUGUGAGUAUCACAAAGAGAGUUCAAUUUCUGCCACAAUAUACUGCGGGUAGAUAAAUGUAAAAUCAAUGAAAAUAAUCGCAUCAAAAACCCUAUUCAUGUGGAUUGAAAUGUCUAUAACCAUUUUUUUUUCAUCU